AUGCUGACAAUUCACGACAAACCACAAAUUAUGAAUUGCUUAAAGUAUACCUAUGAUCAAGCGAGUGGUAAACUGCUCGUCUCUGACCGUGACCUUCGGGCUACGCCUUGCAUUUGUCCUCCAUGCUCGUGCUGGGCUGUUUCGUCGGCUGCCGCCAUUUCGGAUCGCCUUUGCAUUGCAACCAAUGGAUCCGUUAAGGUACAGAUAUCGGCCGACGACAUUAUGACAUGCUGCUUAGAUUGUGGUCGCGGAUGUCAUGGAGGCUGGCCGGUGUACGCUUUUGAUUACUUUUCAACAGAUGGUGCUGUCACGGGAGGUCGACUGUUGGCAGGACUGCUGCCGUCCUUACGAGAUUCCCUUGUGGAUGGCACAGGGGCGAGCCGUACUACGACUGCGAAGCCGCUUAUAAAGGAACAUCCGCCCGAGGCGGCUAUCCAGAGGGAAAUCAUGAAGAAUGGACCUGUCGUAGCAACAUACACCGUUUAUCAGGACUUCGUACAUUAUAAAAGAGGAAUUUAUAAG